GUCAUCAAAAUACAAAAUAGUUUUUCUAAGAAUAUGAAAAUGUGAACAAGUUGUUAUUACAUUUCCGAAACUCAGUUUUAUAGAAACCGAUAUUUUCUAUAAUCUUUAAUAAAUUUUCUAAUGAAAAAAUUUUGUAGACAAAAAGUUCAUCACGAAUCACCGCCGCAACCACCGGUGGAAAUUCCACGUGAUAAACUUCCAAUUGUUUAUUCCGAAGAAUAUGGAGUCAAAUUUUGUGGUCUUCAAAAGUUGCAUCCCUUUGAUGCUGCCAAAGGACAUCAUAUUGUUAAAAUAUUAAAGGGAGAAAACCUUUUAGCUGAGGGAAAUUUCUACGUCCCAAGUGAAAUCACCAAAGAGGAACUCUUGGAGGUUCACAAGAAAGAGUAUCUGAAAAGUUUGAAAUGGAGUAUAAAUGCAGCAAAAAUCUCCGAAAUUGUUCCUCUACUUCUCGUUCCGAAUCAUUUUGUUCAGCGAGGCUACUUACGUCCGAUGCGUUUCCAGACAGCUGGUUCGAUUCUGGCUGGAAAACUGGCCUUGACCUCGGGAUGGGCAAUUAAUUUGGGAGGUGGUUUUCAUCAUUGUUGUUCGUAUCGGGGUGGUGGAUUUUGUGCUUAUGCGGACAUAACACUUUUGGUGACUAAAAUUCUCCGAGAAGAAAAACACAUUGCACGGGUUAUGAUUGUAGAUUUGGACGCUCAUCAAGGCAAUGGUCAUGAAAGAGACUUUUGCAACAACAACAAUGUGUUCAUUUUGGAUAUGUACAAUGCCUCCAUCUAUCCCAAGGAUCAUGUAGCAAAGGAGAGUAUUAAGUGUGCUGUGGAACUGAGGCCAUUCACCGAGGAUGCGGCUUAUUUAAAAAAGCUUGAAAGAUCCCUUAAGGACUCCAUUGGACAGUUUCAACCUAAUUUAAUUGUGUACAAUGCUGGAACUGACAUCCUUAAGGGUGACUCCCUGGGUCUAUUGUCCAUUUCUCCCCAGGGUGUCAUCAAUCGAGAUGAAUACGUCUUCACUACUUGUAUUCAAAGUAAAAUUCCAAUUGUCAUGCUCCUAAGUGGUGGCUAUUUGAAAUCAUCUGCAGUGGUUAUUGCAAAUUCCAUUAUGAAUUUAAGAGCAAAAGGAUUGCUUGCUUCAAAAUAAUAAUUUAUUCAGAUAAAUCUUGGAAUUAAUAAAUCAAUCGGUGACAUUUUAAAGAAAUUUCGGAAAACCGUCAAUCGGCUAAGAAUGCAGUGAAUGACUGGAUAAUGAAGUAGGAAAUGAAAAUGUCAAAAUGGGUACGAAAGAGGCCUUUGGUUUAAAGCGGAAAUAUUGCUCAGAGAUAUAUGCAGUCGGUUUCAUAGGAAUGCUUUCGCUGUCAUUGAUUAGUGUGAUUGGAAAUUUAAAUUUUUUUUCUUAAAUUAACUUUUAAAACAAAUGUUCCUUUGAAAUAAGGAAACAGUCU